UCCUUCUUCAUUCUCAAGUCUCAACUGUAAAGAAGACCUUGAGCAAUCUUAAAGUUGAAUCCAACGCUCUUCCAAACAAUCUCUCGAAGCUCUCAAAAUUAGUCAAGAAUGUCGCUCAUUCCAAGCUUCUUCGGCGGCAGGCGCACCAACGUCUUCGACCCAUUCUCUCUAGACAUUUGGGAUCCAAUGGAGGGAUUCUUCAACUCCACACUCACCAAUGUACCCUCCUCGGCCCGCGACACCACUCAAUUCGCUAAUGCAAGAAUUGAUUGGAAGGAGACCCCUGAAGCCCACAUUUUCAAGGCGGACCUUCCAGGGCUAAAGAAGGAGGAAGUCAAGGUUGAGGUUGAAGAAGGCAGGAUUCUUCAAAUUAGUGGGGAGAGGAGCAAAGAACUGGAAGAGAAGAAUGACCAGUGGCAUCGAGUGGAGAGGAGCAGCGGUAAAUUCAUGAGGAGGUUCAGGCUGCCUGAGAAUGCUAAGAUGGAUCAUGUGAAGGCGAGCAUGGAGAAUGGAGUGCUUACUGUUACUGUGCCCAAAGAAGAGGAGAAGAAGCCCGAAGUGAAGCCAAUUGAGAUAUCAGGUUAAGCGAUGUCGCAUCUGUCUUAGAGUUUGUGUUGAGGAAAUUAUGGUGUGUUUGUGUUGUGUGAUUUAAAGUUGCCUUACUGUACGUGUCCAUGGAAGUGUGAGCCUGUCUUUUGUAAGUUUGGAGUUAUAAAUAAAUUGUGCUUGCUUUUGUUUUCUAAUAAAUCAGAGAUCCAAAUCUGUCUUUCCCUUUUA